UGUUACGCGUGCACGGAUCUUAAACACCCGUCGCAGCAUGUAUACUAAUCGGUGUAAGAACCUAACGCUGCCGCGAAUCAAUAUCGAUAAAGCCUCCACCCCACAGAACGAUGAGAACAAUCUGCUGCUGUUGAGUCCCCGUGCCGAUAAGCUGCAGUCUCCUGCGACAAUUUACACUCCCCGAAGUGCGGUGGCCCGAAGCAGCCCCGGGUUGGCAAUGCCGGGCUUCAGUACACCACGAUCACCCAACAAACGACACGGCGCCUACCGGCCAAGUAUCUUCGCCCACCGUCUACAUCGGCGAGCCGUCUUCAAGAAUGGUACCUGCAAUGUCGCCCGGAUCAAGGCAUCCCGCAAACAUAUUCGUUUCCUGCAGGACAUGUUCACAACCCUGGUGGAUGCCCGGUGGCGUUACACGCUACUGGUGUUCGCGCUUGGAUUCGUCUGCUCGUGGCUGUUCUUCGCUGCUCUGUACUGGUUUAUAGCCUACGCACACGGCGACCUGGAGGAACCCCACUUGCCACAUAAUCAAGAGGCCUCGAAUUGGAAGCCAUGCGUCUCGAACAUUUACACCUACGCUUCUUGCUUCCUAUUUUCGUUGGAAACGCAACACACGAUUGGUUACGGUAACCGUGCCACCACCGAGGAAUGCCCGGAGGCAAUCUUCGUGAUGAGCCUGCAGUCGGUGCACGGAGUGAUGAUCCAAGCCCUGCUCGCGGGAAUAAUCUUCGCUAAGAUGACCCGACCGAAAAGCCGCUCCCAAACUUUGCUGUUCUCCAAGCAGGCAGUGAUUUCAAUGCGCGACGGGGAAUUGUGUCUAAUGUUCCGGGUUGGCGAUAUGCGCAAGAGUCACAUCAUUGGUGCCAGCAUUAGGGCCCUGUUGAUCCGAGGAAAGAUGACUAGCGAAGGGGAACUGAUGGCCCAGUACCAGAUCGAACUGGAGGUGGAAGUAGACGGAUGCGGUUCCGAUAUGUUCUUCAUUUGGCCACAGAUUGUUUUCCACAGAAUCAACGCCAAUUCACCACUGUACAACUUGAGCGCCUUAGAACUACUUCAGGAAAAGUUCGAAAUCGUGGUGAUUCUGGAGGGAACGAUCGAAUCCACCGGUCAAACAACCCAAGCUCGGUCGAGUUAUUUGAAUAGUGAAAUUUUGUGGGGUUACCGAUUCGAUCCGAUUCUUUUCUACAACAAACAGCGACAAACGUACGAAAUCAAUCUGGCCAAAUUCGAUGAACCAAUUCCAGUGGAGACACCCAGCUGCUCGGUGAAGGAAACGAUGGAGGGAGCUCCCUAUAGCAGUCACGAAAACCUUGUCGACAAACGUCCCUUUGAGUACGUCAAUUUGGUGGAGAAACUUCAAAACUACCAGGUGGAGGAUGAAAAAAGUCUACAACUAGCAUCCGGUUUUCAGUUCCAGCAUACGUCGGAGAUCCCCAUCAGCAACAGCAGCAACCAUGUGAGCUUCACCGUUCGGUCAGUAUCAACAAGUGGAUUGAAAAAUACGCUCAGCAGCUACGAGUGCGAUGAUAUUAACAACGGUGCGGACGCUACAAUUUCCGUGUGCUGAUGACGACGAGGCGAACCGGUUCAAGCGUUCCGAACGCGCUUGUAGACUAGCUGAAGGCGUAUGCGAGUGCGAAACGCCUUAUGAUACUUGAUCUGAAAAUAUAACUUAGAUAGGGUUUUUAAUAACACCGACUGGACGGUAAAAUACUAUACCAGAAGGAAUCCUCGAAGGUUUGCUUUUUUACUAUUUUCACGCUAAAGUUUGCUCAUAUAUUAGAUUAGAGAUUUUAGAUUUUUAUGAUUUUUUCCUCUCUUGUUUGGCUCAGACCUAUCGGUCCAUAAAGCAUUUUUAUGAUUUACAGAAACUCUACCGAACUGUCAUUCUCCACUGUUGAUAAUCAUCAUAUCCAUGAUAUUACAUAGGCAUUUCAUACAAUCCCAAAAUUAUGGAUAUUUUUGACAUUUCAAUUUUUUUUAAAAUAAUUGACAAUUUUAACAUUUAUGGGAUUUUUGCAAUUUUGAAUUUUCAGCGAUUUUUGAUAUUUUUGUCAUUUUUGGCACUUUUGACUCUUAAACCAUU